AUGGCCAAAACGUUCUUUCUCGCAGACAAUGAGGACAACGUGACGAUGGAGAGAAUAUUGCUCGCGGGGAUAGCAGGCUUGCUGCCGUUUGCAAUCCUGCUCGUCCUCGGCAUCCUCCAGUCUCCCAGAGCACUACCUCCGCCAGCUGGCUGUCGGAAACUUGGAAUUAAAGGACGCAGCAACCUUGAAGACCAGUACUCUAAAAGGUAUGCCAAAGGCGGUGACCCCAUCCCAGAAAAGCCAUGGACCAUAAAAGCACUCUUUAUCUACCCGUUGAAAUCUGGUGGCCCGAUUGAAUUGGAAAAACAUGAAGUCAUUCGAACUGGGCUAAAAUACGACCGCCAAUUUACUCUCGCCCAGCAAGUUACUAGCCUACCAUCUUUGGAUGGAAAAGUCUCAAGUGAAUGGCAAUUCAUGACCCAGCGAAGUUUCCCCCGUCUGGCCAAAGUCGAGACAGAAAUGUGGGUGCCUGAUCCAUCAGCAAGAGGCUACAAGGAGGAUGGAGAAUGGGUGAAAAGUGAAGGAUGUAUUGUAAUCCGAUUUCCAUUUACCCCAGACACCGACUUCACUCUGGAAGGCCUAGCCAACUAUGGAAAAAUCAUGGCGGCAAAACUAGUUGGCAAAUCCGAACCGACGCUGGAAUUCAGAGUACCGUUCAACCCGCCGCAAGAGAGAAUCAAGAGCAAGGGAUACACGAAAGAAGUUUUGCAUAUCUGGAAGGACACUCCCGUUGCCCUAAACAUGACCUCAGAAAUCGACCGCGAGGCCUUUGAAAAACUUCGAUACACUCUGGGUGCCGCAAACCCCGUUGCACUAUUCAGAAUCGACACAAACGCCUAUCGAGCAGUCGGCAACAACGCACCAAAGAAAGAAGACGUGGGAUUUGAAACUGUAAUCGGCAUGCAAGACUCUUACCCAAUCCACAUCAUGAACAUGGCCUCCGUCCACGACGUAGCCUCCAGACUCCCUGGCAAAGAACCAAAAUCCAGACACAUCUGGCAAAACCGUCUCACCCUCCUCGACGCCAUGCGUUUCCGCGCAAACCUCUACAUCACGGGUCCCCCUGCUUUCGCCGAGGACAAUUGGACCAAGGCGAAAAUCACAUCCUCAUCCAACCCCGAGUCCUCGCUCAAUCUCCACAUCUCAUGCCGCACAACGCGGUGCAAGCUGCCGAAUGUCGAUCAGAAGACGGGAGAGGCGGAUCGCAAUGAGCCAUCGACUACGCUGCGGAGUUAUAGGAUUAUUGAUGAGGGGAGUAAGCAUGCGUGCUUAGGGAUGCAGGUUACGCCGUUGGAUGAGGGGAGUGUGGCUGUGGGGGAUCGGAUUGAGGUGUUGGAGGUUGGGGAGCAUCGGUUUCUUGGGGAGUAG